AUGGAGGAUAGCACCUUGCCCACGCUUCAAAACACCAAGCUUGGUUGGAUAGUUUCUGGAGGGAAGCCAAGUAUGCUAAAUCGCAAAUCUGUCUUGGCUGCCAUUGCCAAGGAUCCUGCUGAUCAUGCAGAUGAUGACACACUUGCUGCCGUAGUAAAGCGGUUUUGGGAGAUUGAAGACAUUAGUUCAGAAAAACCAUUGAUGCUGGCCGAGGACUUACGAUGCGAGCAGCUUUUCAAAAAUCGCGAAAAUCCAGGAAAUGACGAAAGGAAUGGCUUGGCAUCAUGUUCAAAUAGACUUAAAUCCGGCGGAUGUGGUAUCGCGAGGAUGUACCCCCAAAGAAUUGCUGGAGCACUCCCUUCGUCGUCGAAGUGGCCCUCCCUAUUAGAUGCAGUAAAGAACCUUCCGGAACGGCGUUCCACGGCGCUAAUUGGAACCGUUGGCACUGACAUAUCUAUUAACUGCAAGUUUCUCAACUCAUUCGACAAGUUGCAGCGUGUUUUCGCGUACAUUUAUCGAUUCAUUUCAAAUUGCAGAGCCAAAUCAUUACCUUCAACCAUCUAUCUUACCGUUGACGAGAUCAGCUUCGGAACCGUUCUGCUUCUAAGGAGCAUUCAACAGGUUCACAUAGCGGUGGAGUAUGAGGUUCUUAGCCAAGGCAAGCCUUGUCCUCCGAAGAGCAAGUUGAUUUCUCUGAGGCCAAUACUUAGCCCUGAGGGUUUACUUCGUGUUGGUGGAAGGCUUCAAAAUGCGAGCUUGGACUACGAGGCUAAGCAUCCGAUAUUGUUACCCAAGGAUCAUCCGGUCACCAGAGCGAUUAUCGUCUAUUAUCAUGAGAAAUACUUUCACGCAGGGCCACAGGCGUUGCUCGCUGCUUUACGGCAAAGGUAUUGGCCACUUGGAGGCCGAAAGUUCGUGGCUAGCGUCAUCAACAAAUGCGUCAGAUACUUUCGGAUGAAGCCUGUGGCUUGGGAACACGUGAUGGGUAGCCUGCCAGCAGAUCGAGUUCAGCCUAACCCAGCUUUUCACACCACAGGAGUGGACUAUUGUGGAUCGUUCUAUCACAAGUCAGAGGCCCGGAACAAAGCACCCCACAAGUGCUACAUCGCCGUCUUUGUCUGCUUUUCGACGAAGGCUGCGCACUUGGAAGUCGUCCAGGGUCUCUCAACGGAUUCUUUCAUUGCAGCUUUGAGAAGAUUCAUUAACCUCAGAGGCAGUCCACGUACUAUUUGGAGGGAUAAUGCGACAAACUUUGUUGGCGCUAAACGAGAGCUAGCGGAACUGAAGGAGUUAUUUUUGAGCGAACCGCACACGGCUUCGAUAACUUCUUCCUGCUUAGCGAAUGGGAUUGAUUGGAAGUUCAUACCCCCGCGUGCCCCACAUUUCGGUGGUCUAUGGGAGGCGGCUGUAAUAUCGGCAAAAUUUCACUUCUACCGAAUUGUCGGUGCAGCCAUCUUAGCCCUUGAUGAAUUAAGAACUCUUGCAUAUGAAAUUUCUGCCAUUCUUAACUCCCGUCCGCUUUGUUCCAGCUACACAAGGUUUCCUGAGCCUGACGUUACUCAUCUUCGCGAAGGCCGGUUAAGCAGUUGGCAAAGAAUAACACAAAUGCAGCAGCACUUCUGGAAAAGAUGGAGCAGAGAGUAUUUGUCCCUGUUGCAAGAAAGAAGAAAUGGCGGAUCAAAACAUCCAACAUCCAAAUCGGUCGUGUUGUAUUGCUUCAGGAGGACAACCUUCCACCGAUGAAAUGGCAGCUUGGGUGCAUCCAUGAAGUCAUACCUGGAAAGGACGGCGUCGUCAGAGUAGCUGUGGUCCGGACAGCUACAGGUCUUACCAAAAGGGCCGCCACUAAACUAGCCGCUCUGCCCAUCGAAUCCCAUUUGGUUGGAACCGUGCCUCUCCUAACGGGGGGAGUAUGUUUAGAGCAGACCGCCAGCACCUAGUCAAAUGCUCAUAGGUGUGCGCUGCAAACGCAGGGCUGUUAUGCAGCUUUGUUCUUCGUUUUUCUUAUCUCGCUACAUUUGUCGCGUUAUCUAUUCAGCUGAGCUACAGCGAAAACAUGUACACAAAUUUGAAGUCAAGCUUUUGGCAAGUCAGUUAUACAAAAUCGCUGCAACUCCGAGCACAGCUAA